GAUAAAGUAGCAUCAUCCGCGAAGCCUGUAGAGAUUUGGAAUGCAGAGUAACCCUCGGAAAAGGCUAUGAAUGCGAGGUGAGGCCAGGUGUGCAACAAAAAGUGUCCUCAGGAUCCCUUCUUGAUCGUCGCCGCAGUCGAAACGAAUGCGGAGGACAAGGCUGCCGCAGCCUCGUCAAAUCAAUGAUCGUCAUGACAUGUCGACUUUUUUUAACUACGCGAGCAGGCGAACUACCAGGGAUCUUUCUGUUGCCUUUGUAUAUCCAAUAUUUGCAGCAAGGGAGUGCAUUGCAUUUGGGAUACACCAACACUUUCUCCUUCACGGCCGGCGGUCGUUCUCCCUUGGUGCCCGCCGAGGCAUGUCCACGAACCUACUGCAGGGUCGAAGAGCGGUCACUGUCUUCAAACGGAAACCCUGCUCUAGACCUUCUGCCAGGACACGCGCUAGCCAUUCAAUCCGCAACAGUUCCUCUCUAAGCCGCUUCCGAGCAAACGAGCGCGAGCAGAAAAAGCGGCUGGAGGAAAUCCGGCCCGAAAUCUUCUCGCCCGAGCCCAAAUACAGGGACAUCAAUCUUCGACCUGGAACUAGUAGUACGCCCUCAGACCUAUCCGACCUUCGACCACCUGCUUUUGACAAUGUGGAAUACCCCGAGCCCGGCGCCGAUGGAAACAUCUCCAUCCUGCAGCGGCUGCAAUACUACAAGAAGCUAGGAGGAGCACAUUACAGAUUCUACAAGGCAGGACUUGUGCAAGUAUGGCAAAACAACAAAGAAAGACGAAAAGUGUUGAAACGUCUCGGUCCAACAUGGGGGAAACCGAGCAUGUUGCAUAUAUGUGCCAUGCUAGGAAGAGAGUGGGAACCCAAGGACGGCUCGCCUCCGAAGCUCACGAGGAAAGAAUACCAGCUCUGCCUCCACACCUCGCGCGAUAUGCACAGGCUGGGCCCGUUUGCGAUUGUGCUCAUCAUCUUUGGCGAAUGGACACCACUCGUGAUGCCGCUCGCAUUCAUCCCAGAGGUUUGCCACAGGCCCAAAGACAGAAUAAAGCUGGCAGAGAGAUGGUGUAAGCGCGUCGAAUACUUUGGUUCGAGGUUCGACGACAAGGACAAUGGAACAAAACAAACCGCUCCUGAAACCGACGAGAAGACAUCAAUACCAACUAAGUCAGAGCUGCCUGUCCCACUCCAUCGCCGUCUGCUGUGGGGUUAUGCGGCAGACGCGACAUUCCUAGUCAAACCCGCUCGCUUUGUACCGCUUGGGCUGAGUGCAUUUCUCACCCGUCAUGGCCGAGCCCUGAUACCUCGUCAUCACGAGAUCCUCGCGGACACGGUUCUGAUCAUGCGAGAAGGCGGCUUCGGCAAGCUCACCGCCGAGGAUAUUGCCGACUAUUGCAUGAAAUGUGCCUCGCCUCAUUUUUACGACCACGCCAAGCUCGCUUUGAAAGACGGUGUCCAUCCUGCCACGGAGUCCAUGAGGAAACAUAUGGCACCCAUUCUUGAAAAGCAUGCAAGACGAAUGCUCGAUGUUGACUGGACCAGGCUGAACCCGAGUCAUUGGUGGGUCCAAGAAUGCCAUGUCCGGCUGGGAGGCGACCCGGAUGCUCCUGACGCGUGGGUUCGUCCACUGCUAAAGAGUCCUUGACAAUAGUAGCAAGUCAAUCAAAGCCACGAGCCAUACUCGAAAUUUGUCGUUACGCCUGGCCUGUCGUCGUCGUCGCGGAGAGGUUGAACGGAGAGCACUACUGGUCCAAGGGUUCCCGCGACUGUCUUCACCCCAGGCCGGCCAGUCCUUUUUUUGACGGUCGAAGCAGUGAAAUGCGACCGUCCCAUUUGCAUCCAAAUCCUCCAACGAGUAUCCAGCCUCCGUGCUACUACUGUGGUUUUCGGUCUGCUUCUACUUGCUCCAACCAGUGUACCUCGAGAACCAUACCCGUGUAUAUAACUGUUUCUGUGAAGCAUGCGUCUAUCAAGAGAACCAAACGGCUCGAGGAAACCACAAACCCCUGCCCAGCAGACCGACCGUUUCCACUCCAGUUUCCAACGUCCGGCCAAGUUUUCUUCGACACGGAUUGCAGAGCCAAUUUCAACUGAUCAACCGCCUUGUACCUCCAUGUCGUCUCCCGCCGCUCUUCACUAGGACAUUCCAACAAGUGCUCUCGUGGCUCAGCUGCUGCCGAAUUGUCCUCCUCGGCUAUUCUUAAAUCAAAGACGCAACCCUGAAUAGGUUCAUCUAGUAUAGGCUGGGGAUUGGUAUGUAUAUCAUGUAUAUAUAAACUGUACCAUUGGCAAAGGACAUCAGACCUCAUUCAGCUCUUCGUGCGAAUAGAUAAAAUUGCAGUACAGCUUACCUUAGGUCGGUAGUCACUACCUGUAAUUCAGUACCACUUAACCUCUACGUACCGAUACCAUACUACCCCUGUACUAUAUCACGCCCUAUAUUGAAGCCUUUGCACACAAGGAA